CGAAGCAGCUGUACCUACCAACUGCUACGAACGCAGCUAAGCUACCCACCGAUAUUCCAAACCACCAUCUCCGUAUCCAUCAUUGCCAACAUCACCAACCCAACGACUUAACAUUCAAUCACUGCAAGCUGCACCAAAAGGACCGCAGCAUUUGAACCCCAAACAAUUACGAUCGCAACCGAACCCACAAUCACAUCAUGGAUCACCGACCGCAAGCAUGGGGCCGUCCUAGGGAUGAUGUCUAUGGCGCAUAUGAUGCUUCUUACCUCCAGACCGCCGGCCCGAAGGCAGCCACACAAUCACCCGUCGUCACCGGCACCUCGGUCAUUGGCCUGAAGUUCAAGGAUGGAGUCGUCAUAGCGGCCGACAACCUAGCAUCCUACGGCUCUCUCGCCCGAUUCUCCUCGACCCACCGCCUCCGCUCGUUCGCCAACUCAUCCGUCGUCGGCUUCGGCGGCGACGUCUCGGACAUGCAGUACCUCGACCGCCAUCUGACGGAGCUGGCCAUCGACGAGGCCUACGCCAACCCGACCGACGAGACCACGGAGGGCAGCAGCAGCGGCGGCGCCAGCAGGGACAGCUCCCUCAACGCGCAGAACCUGCACAAGUACCUGUCCAAACUGCUGUACGGCCGCCGGAACAAGUUCGACCCGCUGUGGAACCAGAUAUUGGUGGCCGGGCUCGACGCCGACGACAAGCCGUUCCUGGCCUCGGCCGACCUCCUCGGCACCACCUUCUCCGCCCCGGCCCUGGCCAGCGGCUACGGCAGCAUGCUGGCCAUCCCCAUCAUGCGCAGGGCCGCCGCCAGCGAGGAGGAGGCCGCCAAGCUGUCGCGGGACGAGGCCGUAGCCGUCGUCAAGGAGUGCAUGAAGGUCCUUUUUUACCGCGACGCCAGGAGUUCCGACUCGUACUCGCUCGCCGUCGUCACCAAGGACGGCGUCGAGCUGAGCACCGACGAGAAGCUCGAGCAGCAGAGCUGGGCCUUUGCCGACAGGAUCAAGGGCUACGGCACACAGACUGUCUGAUAAGGCGGCGGGAACGUGUGUCUAUUUGCUUGUUUUCUUGUCUGGUCUUGAUGAGGGGCGUUGUGGUGGGAACUGCUACGGAUGCAAUGAUGAAAAAAAACUGCGUUUCGAUCUAGACAUUCGUACGGCUGGACCAUCUGCUAGCUUAGCAAAGCAUAUAAACACUGCUUUAUAUGUAAUCCCAUCACUUGAGUUCUGAUGCCGCCGUGCCUGAAGGGUGGUUGAUACCCCCUGACAAAGUAAAUGACUAAUUUUUCAGAAUCUAGAAUAGAAAGGCAGGGGUACUGAAU